UUGUUAUUCAAGAAGAAGAAGAUAUUUAUGCGGUUUUCGCGGUCCUGAACGAAAGUUGGCUAAUCAAAAUUUUAGGCCGUUUUUGCUUCUCUCACUUUUCAGAUAUUUCUACAGUUUUUUAGUUAAUGAUGAGUUUAUUUGGAUAAUUUCACUGCAAAAAAAAAAAAAGGCUUUCUUUCUAUCUCCUUCAGCUCACUCUGCUUUUCUUUUUACUGAGAAAUUAGGGUUUUCUGUUUUGGUGUUACCGAGCAGGGUGUUUGAGAAUGGGUGAAGUUGGUAUGGAAGUGGAAAUGGAGGUAGGGACGGCGGAGGAGAGGAAGAAAAAGACUAGGAACGAGGAAAAAGAUGGAUCUUCGGAGGUUGUUAGGUGGGAAAGGUUCUUACCUCGGAUGGUUCUCAGAGUUUUAUUAGUUGAAGCCGAUGAUUCCACUCGUCAGAUUAUUACCGCUCUUCUUCGAAAAUGCAGUUACAGAGUAGUUGCGGCAGUUCCUGAUGGUUUAAUGGCAUGGGAGACUUUAAAGGGUGGACCGCAUAAUAUUGAUCUUAUAUUGACUGAAGUAGAGCUGCCAUCGAUAUCUGGAUUCGCGCUUCUUACUUUGGUCAUGGAACAUGAUAUUUGCAGAAAUAUUCCUGUUAUAAUGAUGUCAUCGCAUGAUUCAAUUAGCAUGGUUUUGAAGUGCAUGUUAAAAGGUGCAGCUGACUUUCUUAUCAAGCCUGUGCGGAGGAAUGAGUUAAGGAACCUCUGGCAGCAUGUUUGGAGAAGACACUCGCUAGGUGGUGGACGUGUUCCUCAUAAUCUUCCUGCUACAGAACAUAAAGUUGAAGCCACAGCUGAAAACAAUGCUGAGAGCAAUCAAUCGAGUGAUUAUGGAUCUUCUACACAGAAAAAUAAAGAAGGAAGUGAUACCCAAAGCUCUUGUACAACGCCUUUCUUGGAAGCUGAGAGUACAUACAUGCAAAAUAUGCAGGGUCUUUCACAGCUGAAGUGUACGAGUGCAAAUUUUAGUGAUGCAAGCGGAGAGCAGCUAGGAAAUGUUAUCAAAUUGUGUCAAGAGUCACUUCAAGCUAAGGGUCAAGCUGAAGAAAAUUCAAAUAGAUUACAAAAGGAGGUUGCUCAUUGCAGUGUCGCUUGUGAAUCAACUGCAUCUAAAUUGGAAGAAAACCCUGCUUCUGUUAAAGGGAUGACUCAUGAUACCGCUGUUCGACUACAAAGUGAUAGAGAAAAUGAGAAUGUUAUGAUUAGAGUUGGCUGCAAUGAUGAGUUAGUUGGACCUCCAACUGGAGCUAUUGACUUGAUUGGUUCAUUUGAUAAUCAACCAAAGGGCACUUUUGGGCUUUCUAUUUUAAGUGAUGGUGCAAACAAGUUUGAAUUUUCUCCACUGUUGGAGCUUUCCUUGAGAAGAUCUUGUUUAAGUAGCACUAAGAAGCAAGGUACCGGUGAAAGGCCUACACUAAACCAUUCUGAUGCAUCGGCUUUUUCAUGGUAUAACAAUAGCAAGUCAUUACAGCCCAUUUUCCCUACACGAGCUGGCAAUAGAGCUGCAUUGAAGGAGGGUGACAGUAAAUCCGGACAGCACCUGGAAAGUAGCAAUGGUACAUCUCAACCUCAUGUUGUUUUAGUGAGUGAUAGUUGGGAGAAUCUGCCCAGACCAGUCACAGGUCAAUCUGAACUAACAUGUCCAAGUGCCCAACUUGGGCUGAUUCCUGUUCCAGGGGUAAGGUUGGAUGAUAUGUAUGCUGGAUGUAAGAACGUUUUCCCACACGUUUAUUAUGCGCAGUCAGGUUUACCCCCCACAUGGAGUCCCAAACCAGCUGGACAACGAGAAUAUUCUCCCUUUCCUGUGAGCACCUCAGUGCACUCUAAUCUUGAUGUUCAUGACUCAGAACAAGGUUACCACCUGUCUGAUGAAGCUACCAAUUGUUCUAUCGACCAGACUGAUCGAGAGCAGAAGAAGCAGGAGCCUGUUGGGGAACCAAGGUGUGGUUCUUCUAUUGCUAACCAGAGUGGUUGCAGUAGUUUAUCUAAUGGUGUUGUGAAUCAUGAAAACAGCAAUGCACAGGGAGGUGUUUCGACUAGGAGCGAUGCAAGUGCUAGUGCUACUUUUGUUGCAGCAGUUGAUAAUGGCACAAUCACAGAGAGCUUCAAUGAUAGCAAUUUCUUCAAUCAUGAUGGAUUGAAAGGGAUGGAUACUCAUCGCUCCAGCCAAAGAGAAGCCGCUUUGACAAAGUUCCGACUUAAGCGGAAAGAUCGAUGCUUUGAGAAAAAGGUUCGAUAUCAGAGCCGGAAAAGACUAGCAGAGCAGCGUCCGCGAGUGAGAGGACAGUUUGUCCGUCAGGUGCAGAAUGAAACCCCCGUAGGUGAUGCUGAUGGCCCUAAAAAUAUGACGAUACAAGCCUGCCUUUCCCACCGACUUGGAGAUUGAUUCUUGAUCAAAGCAUGAAACUAUUCAAUUUUCUGUUGCAAGCAUAUUCAACAAGUUUUUUGAAAGUAAAAGUAGGAUCAUGUCAUAGCUGAAAUAUUUGCAAGCUUCUCUGGUAGCAAUGGGCGAGGUUAGUUAGUGUUGUAAUUAUAGUGAAAGAGUUAGCAUUGUAAUUAUAGUGAGGUAGUCUUGGUUCUUUUUCAUCGUGGAUUAUGUAUGAUUGUAUGCACAUUGGACAACUGACUUAUUGUAGUUUAGGCAGGUAGGUUGGUUUUAUAACUUUGCUUCAAAAGGGUAAUGUACGUAUUGGUAUGGUGUCUUUGACUCUUUUUCUUUACAACUUUGGUUAUUCUACUGAAUGAUUUCUCUUUUAGAC